AUGGCACCUUACCAAGACUCUGCCCAUACCGCUGGAGAUGAGUCGUCUCCCAGACCUUCGUCUGUAUCGUUCACAGAUGAAGUGCAUCACGGCAGAAUCAUAUCAAACCAGCAGCCCGACAACUUCCAGAACGAUGCUUCGAUAAGUGACUAUACUAUUGUUCCCUCCGAGGAGGAGUCCCGAGAUGAAAUCAACGGGCUUUCAUCAGCUUGUCCCAAGGGCAUCGAUGAGGGGAAUCUCAAUCAAGCUGAGAGCCUACUUCAUCAGCCCCUCGGCAGAGUUUCAACCUUGAAACAAUGGAACCUCGAGUUUACGGCACUCUUGACUUCUGUUUUCGCCUUUGUUGUUAUGGUCAUUCUCUUAGUGUUCAGCAAUGGGAAACCGCAGCCGGCUUGGGCAUACAGUCAAGCUGUCAAAACAUAUUCCUGCGAGGUCUCAUCCGAGUGCACUGCUCGUAUAUCAAUAGCCGAGCGGGUUGCGAGGCAUGAUUCUAUGAUCAGUGGAGCAGAUACCAACGCGAAGAUGAGUACCGCCAUUAUCAACGGCUUACUCGGUAUACCUCCCGACAGCUCUCAGCUAUUCGAGUGCGAGUCGGGUAACUGUGUGUUCCAAAACGUUUCGGGAGUCACGCACUCGUCCGUCGGGGUUUGCAGCAAGUGUACCGACGUGAAGUCCGACUUGUUAGAGUUUGAAGACUCAAAGACAAAAUUGUUCGGCCGAUAUCGUAACAUUUAUCGCUUCCACAAGGAUUCGAAUUUCUCCAUCAACACUGGCGUUGAACCGGAAUUGUUCAAUGCAACAACAGUCAUUGAUUACACACAUGAAAAUCCUAUCGUCACGUCCUUCCUGACGCUCUCGGUGGCAGGUUGUGUUGCACAGCGUAACCCAGAUGCCCCGGCCGAUCGAUACUGCGAGCAUGACUAUAAGAAUAUGCCGAGACUCAGCUCUGACCUUGAUAUUGUGGCUGCCAACUGCAGUCUCUAUCCUUGUCUCCGUCAUUACAAUGGAAAUGUCACGAAUGGUACCCUAAAUGAGCAAUUAAUAUCGACGGAGCCAUUGUCUAAAACGUCGAGCGGCAUUAGUUACGCUUCAGUGAUCCAGCCUUGCAUUAUUGACGACAAAUCGUACGGCGUGUCCAACAUUACAGACGCCCCUAGACAUGGCCUACCUUGGACCUCGUGGAUCUCAGAUGGAGUUACAAAGGAGGCUCCGCCUCAGUGUGUCAGAGCCAUGGACUACCGCGAGUUCCAUGGUAUUAGAUUAUUCUUCGAGGACAAACUGAGAGGACAUUGCAAACUCUACGACGUCACCGAAAAUGGACCAACAUCUCCUGAAGCCGUCAAUGGAAUCGGAAACUCCAGUCAGCUACAAUGCGAAACAGGUUGGUGGCUUGACGCUCUCUACAGUGGAGGGAUGGCCACAUUUGACAGCCUUGCGGCUGCUCACGACAACAUGUCUAUCGCCAUUACGAAUCGAAUGCGUCAGAAUGGACUGACUUUUUCGGAGACGGAUACAUCAAACAGCUAUAAGGAGGGAAUCUGCAAUCAAACCUCGAUUUGUGUAAGGUUUGAGGGAUGGUGGCUACUUUACCCUGCAGCUCUUCUGGCCUUGACAUCAGCCCUGCUCGUGGCCGCGUAUGUUCAGAGUUGCCGAGACAGUGGGAGGCAACCCAUCUGGAAGUCGUCAAUCCUACCUCUGCUACUUUACAACAUAUCGGAGGAACAAAGCUCGAAUGAGAGAAACGAGAAUCGACACAGCAGCCAAUCAAUACCUGUUAUACAACUCGAGGAAUUGGAGUCUCGGGCCGACAAGACGAUAGUGAGUUUUUGUGGCGGGAAUGAAGGUGCUGGGUUCGUUGUCGAAGAAGGGGUGAUAGAAGCCAAGUGA